CCCAUAACGCCUCACCGUUACAGAUUGAAUAAAGCCCUGCAUUUCGAGUGAGCUGUUUCAAUGUUAUUGUGCGAUUGUGUGGUCUCCACUUUUAGCUCAAAUGGACAUGAUUCAGACAGGCUGAUAAAAUGGGUGCGCGCCCUCUCACACGCAAAGAGUAUUUUGAGUUCAGCAGGUGGAGCCCUGAGACCGAACUGGCUCAUUUUACUGUUCCUCAAAGGAGAUGAACGUUAGACUAACAGAUCAACUCAACAGAAACGUCGCAGAAAUUAUAGCUUCAACAAUGCGAAAAUUAGACAGAUUAUGUCAACACCUCUCGCUUAGUUUUUUGUUGCGCGUUUGACGAAAGGAAGUAGGCUCGUCAAUUUCUUUUGGAGUUGUCAAGAUAUUUCAUUCGCUACAUUUACAGUAGCCUCAUAUUACAGACGGCCUACAUGUAUCGCAAAAUUGGACCACAUGUUGCUCCCCUGUUGAAUUUCAUUCGCUAAUUAAUAUCAGCGUUGAAGACGUCAAUAAAUUAGAAAACUCUUCUCAAAUUAAUGUGUCAAAUAGUAACCACGGAGAUGGACAGAUAGAAUCUGGACCUCAAAUAGAGACAGGCGGAUUGGAAAGACGCGUUUCGACAGUGACGGUGGAUGGGCUAAUCCCUCGCGAGGCUUCGUCACCACUCCGGCCGGUGCGGCCCAUGGACCUGCGUACCCAGGGGCUGGUGCGACCCAGGCCGGACUCAGCCAUGCUGGCCCCCCACCUCCCCCCAUUCCUGGGGGCCUUCUCAGCCCAGCACUGUGCCAAGUACUCCCAGCAGCUCCUGCCACAGCACAUCCAGUACGAAUUUGACAGGGAGCAGAGUCGGCAGGAGAAAGAGCAGGAGAAGAGACAGGAGCUGCAGCAGCUGAUGCACAAGGAUAAGAGCGAGCAGAGUGCUGUGGCCAGUCCCCUGGUGAAACAGAAACUCAGAAGCCAAAUCCUGAAGAGGAAGGAGCAGGCCGCCCUGGAGAGGACCGCCUCCAACCUCUUCAGCAGCACCACGCCCAGGGGUUACAGGGAAUUGGCCCCAGAUCCUGACAUGACCCCAAAGCCUCACAUGGUGACCCCUGAUGUCCAUCAUCCACUAUGUGACCAACGCAAGGACAUGCCCCUCAGAAGAACAGCCUCGGAGCCCAUCCUGAAGGUGAAGAGUAAACUGAAGAAGCACAUCAACUCCAGACAGAACCCUCUCCAACGCAAAACCAGUGCUCCCCCUACUGUCAAGCACAGAACGCCGGACACUCAGGACUAUUCCCCCAGCAGCAGUAGCACUCCAGUGUCGGGGUGCAGCUCGCCCAAUGACAGCCUCCUCUCGGAUAGCCCACUUACUACCGGACUGGCCCACGAGGCUCAGAGGUUGCUGCUCCAGGAUGGCACACUGGCCCACUUCUCCUUGCCCUGCUCCACCGCCCUGCCCACCAACAGCGCCAGGCUGCCCACCCAGGGUGACAGGGAGUCGGGUAGCCACCAGAGGGUGGCCAGGGUACUGCCCCAGGUCUACCUGCCCAUGGAGGGCCUCAGUGCUGCCCAGCUGGCUCACCAACGCCUCCAGCCCCUGCUCAUCCUGGAGCCCUCAGUGCUGCUGCACACACAGCUAGUCACUGUGCGAGGCCUGAGCCCUGGCCCUCUCCAGUACCCCUCCUCCAGACUGGAAUGCCUGGCUCCCCCGUGCCCCCACAGACCCCUUGGUCGGACCCGCUCUGAGCCCCCCCUGCACUCUCACCACCACCAGCACCAGUUAAUGCAGCAGUACCACAACGCACUGCUGCUGGAGAGACUCAAACAGAACACACACCUGGGCAAGCUCAUGACCAAGUCCAGUGAGAAGUCUCGUGUCACACAGAUCCCCUCGAAGGACAUGGACCCGGCGGAGACCGGGCCUGGGGACGGCUACCAGAGGAGGAGACAGAGUGGGACCAGUAGCACUGAGUCAAUGUGGGACACAGAGUCCACCUCCUCAGGCGAUUACCUAGGAGAUCACACCAUGGAACACACACCUCUGAUGAAUCAGUCAUUUCGUUGGGAACAGCCCAGGCACCUCCAGGUCCUGACAGACAGGCGUAGACAAGCGACCCACCUGGACCCCCUGGGUGUGCCCGUGGUUCUGGGCCCUGCCCACCGCCCCCUCGGUCGUGCCCAGUCCUCCCCCGCCUCCACCUCUCUACCCCCUCCUCCACGGCCCACGGACACUCCACAGUCUCUGGCCGGCCCUGGUCCGGAGACCACCGCCAAGCUACGCUUCACCACUGGUCUGGUGUAUGACUCUCAGAUGCUGAAGCACCAGUGCACCUGUGGCGACAACAGCCGACACCCCGAGCAUGCUGGAAGAAUCCAAAGCAUCUGGUCCAGACUUCAGGAGAGAGGCCUCAGGAACCAGUGUGAGUGUAUCCGGAGCAGAAAGGCAACUCUGGAGGAGCUUCAGUCUGUCCACUCUGAGAAACACGUCCUGCUGUACGGCACCAACCCACUCAACCGCCUCAAACUGGACAACCGCAAGCUGGCUGGAAUCUUAUCUCAAAGGAUGUUUGUGAUGCUACCAUGUGGAGGAGUUGGAGUGGACAACGAUACGAUCUGGAAUGAGACACACACGUCGACGGCUUCUCGCUUGGCGGCAGGCAGCGUGACGGAACUGGCGCUCAGGGUAGCACAGGGAGAGCUGAAGAAUGGCUUUGCAGUGGUGAGGCCCCCUGGACACCAUGCAGCCCGCUCUACCCCCUUGGGUUUCUGCUUCUUCAACUCCGUGGCCAUCGCAGCCAAGCAGCUCCAGCACAAACUCAGCAUCAGCAAGAUCCUCAUUGUGGACUGGGAUGUUCACCAUGGCAACGGUACCCAGUCAGUGUUCUACAAUGACUCCAGCGUGCUGUACAUCUCCCUGCAUCGCUAUGACAAUGGCAACUUCUUCCCCGGUAGCGGUAACCCAGCCGAGGUUGGAGCAGGAGCAGGUGAGGGCUUCAAUGUCAAUGUGGCGUGGACGGGAGGCUUGGACCCUCCCAUGGGCGACGCUGAAUACCUGGCGGCAUUCCGGACUGUGGUGAUGCCGAUUGCCCACGAGUUCUCUCCUGACAUGGUGCUGGUCUCAUCUGGUUUCGAUGCCAUCAAGGGACAUCCGGCGCCGCUGGGGGGCUACAAAGUGUCGGCCAAGUGUUUUGGCUUCUUGACACAUCAGCUGAUGGGGCUGGCGGGGGGCCGGGUUGUCAUGGCCCUGGAGGGGGGUCACGACCUCACAGCCAUCUGCGAUGCGUCGGAGGCCUGCGUCCGCAUCCUGCUGGGCACUCAGGUGGAGCCCCUGUCUCAAGCUGUUCUGGAGAGGAGACCCUGUCGCAACGCUGUCCUCUCUCUACAGCGAGUCAUACAGGCCCAGGGUGAGUACUGGCGGUCGUUGAAGGCAGUGGCCCACACAGUGGAUCAGUCCUACCUGCAAGCCCAGGGACAGAGUCUGAGACGGAACUCAGAGGACCACAACAACACAGUGUCCGCCAUGGCCUCUCUCUCCAUGGCUAGCCUCACCACAGACAGGAUACACAGAGAUGAACUCAUGGAGGGGGACUGUGACUCCAUGUAGACAAGUGCACUUUCUGAUAAACCUAUCACACAGACAAACACACUGUCAUCCACUGUCGUCCACUGUCAUCCACUCGGCACUGCUUCACUUGACCAGAAUCCACUGCCUCCAGUUGUCACUAUACGGACCACAUUCUGACCUCAAUAGUCAAACUGACUAGUGUACGCCUCACACACUCCUACACCUCAUCGGAACACAGUACUACUGGCCUUACUAAGACCACCUGCCUGCUUUGACCGCAACUUAACCACACACUGAGAAGACAUCCCAUUAACAGUGUGAAGGAGGACCAAGAGGAAGGACAAUGAACACUUGUGUUCUUGACAUGCCACUCCGUGCCUUUCCGGGUGUGUUACUCCUCCAUUACCAUGUAACAUUGCGAAUUGUGAGGACACAGAAGGAGAGGAGCACCAGACCUGAGCAGAAACUGGAAGGGUGAAAUAUACACCCUUACUCCAAACCGCUUUCAAACACCACUGGGGAGGUUACGACUUGACUUGUAUCAUGAAGUGACUUGACAAAGACCAGCUAGACAGCUGGCUGUAAACAGAGUCUCUCUGUGGAAGAGGACAACUUUUUGUUGCCUUGGUCACAGGUUACCGCGGAGCAUCGCCAGGCCGAAUCACAAAAGGAAGUAGGAAGUUGUCCCACGUCCCCACAGGAAGUCACUAUGAAGGAAAACAGACAUUGGACACUCACCAGGGGACACCUAAAACGCAUCUUCUUCCGAUGAUGUUAUUCGUAUUUAUGCGUCGCCAACAAAAUGAAGAAAAAGAGAGAGGAGACUGAGAAUUUUGUUCAGAAUUUUUUUGCACUGUGCAUUUUGUUAUGUGAACCAAGGAGAGAAUGACAGUAUAGACCCCAUUGAAGCUCUCCUGGGAUUGGUGAUAAAAAAAACAUGAAUGAUCAUACUUGUGUUUUUAAGCUGAUUGAAUUAUUGUAAGUUUUAUCGAUUGCAUAUUGUAUUGCAAAUGUCAAUACAUAAUGGUCAUAUUUUUUUAAUCAUCACAUAACGAACCCUAUGAUUCAGGUGCACGGAUACCUGUGCAAAGCAUAUGCCCCUUUUCCCUUCCAGUCUCCAAAGUGGCCUUUUGGGUGGUGGUAUAAUUUCCCCCCCAAACAAAUUUGUACAAUUUUUAUUUAUUUUUAAUUGUGGUUCAGAACCUACUGCCCGCAAGUCGUCGUGACGUCAUCAAGUUCGCCACCCCACACCCCCGUCCAUUGGUUGUGUCAAACCACACGCCCGUCCAUUGGUUGUGUCAACCCACACGCCCGUCCAUUGGUUGUGUCAACCCACACGCCCGUCCAUUGGUUGUGUCAACCCACACGCCCGGUUGUACCAGUUUCCCAGUCUGCCAUGUACAGAAAUGUAACAAUACUACUGGCCCUACUAUGCUCAAAAAUGUAAACGUUUUCACAACAGAGGCAUUUGGUACGUUAGGAAUUUCAAGAUAUGAAUUAUUAGUCUUUUUUUUUGGGGUGGGGGGUGCCAUUUUUGGGGAGGGGGGCACCUGCCCCCUGAAAGGUCUGAGCAUGGCCCUGAUAGGUUUUUAUAGUUGUUUUCCUUCUAUAGGAGAAAAAACAUGCAAAGUGAAGGUAAGUCUUUUUUAACACUCCCUUUCAGACAGCAGUUGUUAUUAGGAAUGAAUCAUAUGAUCAGUGAGACAAUUCAAUCAGGAAACACAGACAGUCGGCUCAAACGUUCCAAAUCUGUUUCAGCCAAUUACACACACCACCAUACUGUACGGAGAAGUCCUACUCAAUGCUUGACCACACACAAAAUAAAUGUUUAUGGAUGUCAAAUCAAAAUCAAAUCCAAAAUGUAUUGGUCACGUACACAGAUUUGCAGGUGUUAUAACAGGUGCAGCGAAAUGCUUAUUCACUACAGCCACAAUAAUAUCUUCUAAAUAUGUGUAUGUGAUCAAUAACAUUUGAUUUGAUUUGACUAGCUCCAACAGUGCAGUAGAAUGUCAUACAAAUACAAUACAAAUAUACAAAUAAUCCAAACAAGAAAUAAAGAAAUGACAUAACGAGAACACACAAUAUCCCAUAAUGACGAAGCAAAAACAGUUAUUUAGACAUUUUUGCAAAUGUAUAAAAAAAAAAAACUAACUGAAAUAUCACAUUUACAUACGUUUUCAGACCCUUUACUCAGUACUUUGUUAAAGCACAUUUGGCAGUGACUAAAUCCUUGAGUCUUCUUGGGUAUGACACUACAAGCUUGCCACACCUUUUGGGAGUUUCUCCCAUUCUUCUCUGCAGAUCCUCUCAAGCUCUGUCAGGUUGGAUGGGAAGCGUCACUGCACAGCUAUCUUCAGGUCUCUCCAGAGAUGUUCGAUUGGGUUCAAGUCCGGCCACUCAAAGACAUUCAGAGACUUGUUACGAAGCCACUGCUUCCUUGUCUUGGCUGUGUGCUUAGGGUCGUUGUCCUGUUAGAAGGUGAACCUUCACCCCAGUCUGAGGUCCUGAGCACUCUGGAGCAGGUUUUCAUCAAGGAUCUCUCUGUACUUUGCUCUGUUCAUCUUUCCCUCGAUCCUGAUUAGUCUCCCAGUCCCUGCCACUGAAGAACACCCCCCCCCCCCCCCCAGCAUGAUGCUGCCACCACCAUUCUUUACUGUAGGGAUGAUGCCAGGUUUCCUUCAGACUUGACAAUUGGCAUUCAGGUCAAAGAGUUCAAUCUUUGUUUAGUCAGACCAGAGAAUCUUGUUUCUCAUGGUCUGAGAGACCUUUAGGUGCCUUUUGGCAAACUCCAAGCAGGCUGUCAUGUGCCUUUUACUGAGGAGUAGCUUUCGUCUGGCCACUCUACCAUAAAGGCCUGAUUGGUGGAGUGUUGCAGAGAUGGUUGUCUUUCUGGAAGGUUCUCCCAUCUCCACAGAGGAACUCUGGAGCUCUGUCAGAGCUCCAAUUGAAUUUACCACAGGUGGAAUCCGAACAAGUAGAAACAUCAAGGAUGAUCAAUGGAAACAGGGCUCAAUUUCGAGUCUCAUAGCAAAGGGUCUGAAUACUUAUGUAAAUAAAGUUUUUUUAUGUUUUUAUACAUUUGCAAAAAAUUAUAAACAACUUUUUUUCCCGCUUUGUCAUUAUGGGGUAUUGUGUGUAGAUUGAGGAGGAAAAUGUUUAUUUAAUCCAUUUUAGGAUAAGGCUGUAACGCAAUAAAAUGUGGAAAAAGUCAAGGGGUCUAAAUAGUUUCCGAAUGCACUGUACAUGGGGCAUUAGUCUCAAGGUGCAGGGUAGAGUACCGGGCAGGUAGCCGGCUAGUGAUGGCUGUUCAACAGUCUGAUGGCCUGGUGAUAGAAGCUGUUUUUCAGACUCUCGGUACUGUCUCUGUCUGUUAGAUGGUAGCAGAGUGAACAGACUGUGACUCAGGUGGCUGAAGUCCUUGAUGAUCUCUUUGGCCUUCCUUUGAUACUGAGUGUUGUAAAUGUCCUGGAGUGCAGACAGCGUGGCUCUGGUUAUGCGUUGGGCUGACUGCAUCAACCUCUGGGGAGCCAUGGAGUUGAGGGCGGUGCAGGUGCCAUACCAGGUGGUUAUGCACCGCGACAGAAUGCUCUCAAUGGUGUAUCUGUAGAAGUGUUGAUUUUCUUCAGCCGCCUGAGAUUGAAGAGGCGCGGUUGCGCCUUCUUCACUAUGGUGUCGGUGUGGUGGGACCAUUUCAGGUCCUCAGUGAUGUGCAUGCCCAAAAAACGUUUGACCCUCUCAAAGCUUUUGACCCUCUCAAAUGCAGCCCCGUCGAUGUGGCUGGAGGUGUGCUCCCUCUUCUGUCUCUUAUAGUCCACGAUCAGCUCCUUUGUUUUUUUAUAUUGAGGGAGAGGUUAUUUUCUUGGAGGGCACUAAUGGUGUUGAAAGCAGAGAUAAACAACAUUCUCACAUAGGUAUUCCUCUUGUUCACGUGGGAUAGGGCGGUGUGCAGUGCAACGGUGAUCGCAUCAUCCGUGGAUCUUUUUAGGGUGGCAUGCAAAUUGUAAUUGGUCUCGGAUAAGGUGGAAGUGAUAUGGUCCUUGACGAGACUCUCAAAAUACUUCAUGAUGACAGAGGUGAGUGCUAUGGGGCGAUAGUCAUUUAGUUCAGUUAUCUUAGCUUUCUUGGGUACAGGAACAAUGGUGGACAUCUUGAAGCAAGUGGGGACAACAGACCUGGAUAGCGAGUGGUUGAAUAUGUCUGUAAACACUCCAGCCAGCUGGUCUGUUAUGCACUGAGGACGCAGAUUGGUAUGCUGUCUGGGCUGGCAGCUUGCGAGGGUUAACAUAAAGUUUAAAAAAAAUGUUUUUAUAAUAAUGGUGCUGGGUUUAACGCAGAUUAUUAAAACAGUUGAAUGGACUUCAGAUCAGUUACUAUAAAUGAGUUGUUUAACUAUGGAUGGCACUUAAAAGUUGUAUGUAGACAACACCGGACUCACAAAAAAGAAAUGCACUUACGAUGUCUUAAGUAUUGGAAUUGUGCUUUAGUAAAAUGACCUAUUUUUUACGUGUAGUCCACUCUGGCGAUGCCUUUUUUUAAAUUGUUGUUCUGUUGUGAUUUCACAAAGACCAGUGUUUUAACAUGUGGAUUGAUUUUUUGUUUUUUUGUGUUGUUCUGUUGUGAUUUCACAAAGACCAGUAUUUUAACAUGUGGAUUGAUUGACAUGCCUGCUCUAUUUUAUAUAUCUAUAGGCUGUAUUUCUUGAUACUUGCUUUUCUACAAAUCUAAAAGACAGGUGAACUAGGAUUUGUUCAUAUCUGAAACCACUCUAUUUACAAAAACAGUCAAUGAUUUUUGUUCCUGGACCAAAGUGCUGUUGGACAGUUAGCAUUUAGCCGUCGGAGUUAGCUUGUUGAGCUAGUUGACUUUCCAUGUAGAACAAUUGGACACAGGUUGAGAGAAAUAAAAGCCUAAAAGUCUUAUGGGAACAUUAUGCCAGUCGUGGACUGGUAGGGCCUCUGAGCAUAACUUCAAAGAUUCUUGUGAAUUCCUGAUAGUAAUUGUAUCUAAACAGAGAUUUUGCAGCUAAAUAUCACCAAAUUUCUUGUUGGCCCUUUCCAUGAGAUAAUGAUGUAAUAGAUUUCUAUGUUGUCCUUUUAAUUCCUUUGCAGUGCUGUGCUUAUGUAUUGUGUUUUAUGAAAAUCUGAUGGUGCUACUGGUUAAUUUGAACUAUCAUGUUAUAGUUUAUAAUGGUGCUGUAUAAUAUACAUUAUACAACCAAGACCUUACACUCUUAGAAAAAUGGUUCCAAAAGGGUUAUUCGGUUGUCCCCAUAAGGAUAACUAUUUUUGAUUCCAGAUAGAACCCUUUUUGGUUCCAGGUAGAACCCUUUUGGGUUCAAUGUAGGACCCUCUGUGGAAAUGGUUCUACAUGGAACCCAAAAAGGUUCUACAUGAAACCAAAAAGGUUUCUUCAAAGACUUCUCCUAUGGGGACAGCCUUUUAGGUUCUAGAUAGGACCUUUUUUUAAAGAGUGUACUUGACAAGACCCUGCAAUAUAUGUAUGAUAUUAAUGACAUUGACAAUGUGAAAACGACAUCAUUGAGAAUGAAAUAAUACAUUUACCUAUGAUCAAGUAGAACAAAAUGGCCACCACAAAUACAUUCUUGAUAUCUUUUUCAGAAAGGUCCUAUUUCAUAUUUUAUUGUGGUUUAUUUCCGGUUUGAUUCAAUUCUUCUGAGAAUAUUUGUGUUCUGUAAAUGCAAUUCUAUUUUUUGAGAAUCAACAAUCCCUUUAAUUGUCUUAAUAUGAAUUAUUGCUCUUCCUCUGAGUGGUUGGUUAUUGAUGUUGUCGAUAGCUACUGAGACCAAAAUACAGACAUCCUGUGCUUUGAAUUAUACUGACAAACCUAUAGAAAGGAUGCUUUAUUGAACUGAAUCUUAAUUUAGAAAACAAGCCAAGUAGAGAUUAGAUAGGGAUUUUCUUCUCACUGUUUGUCUUUAUUGGUUUGUACUUGUACAGUAAAAAAUAAUGUUGUGUUUUGGUUUUUUUCUAUAUUUUUUUCUAUAAACUGUUUUCCUCAAUAAAAGGGUAAUUCAAGUUCUCAACAUAG